AUGGAAUUGGCUAGAUAUAAUCUUAAACAAAAACAAACUCAAAACUGGAUAAAUGUCACAAAUCAGUCAAAACACUCUCGCCAGUCUGAAUUAUAUGAAGUGGAAAAACAAUCAAUGUUUAAUAGUGUCAAUAAUUUUAUGACCAAGCUUAUAGUCGAUAAGGAUCGUUGGAUUGAUUCUAGAUUUUCCAAAUCAAUUACUGAAGAAAAUAUGGUCUUGAAUGAUUUUAAAGAACGUAUGAAGUCAGCCCAUGACAUUAUUAAUCAACUAAAUUAUUUGAUACAAAUAGAAAAAUCUGUUUGGUUAACACCAAGAUAUGAUAAUUCUCUCAAGGAUAAACAAAAAUACAAUGAAUUAAAAAUGAAAAUAAAAUGGAUGGAGAAAUCAAUAGAAUCAGCUGUUAAAAGAUAUAAUGAAAUGAGAAUAUUUUUAAAUAUUCCAAUGGACAAUUUAUAUUCGAAAAUAAAACAUCAAACAAUACCAUUUAAAUUAAAUUAUAUGUCUAAAAUAAAAAGACAAGAAAUAGAAAACCAAUUUAAAUUUAAAGAAACACAACUCAUUUUAUCCGAUUUGCGUUCACCAAUGGAAUUAUUAAGGAAUAGAAUUGUAGAUCACGGAAUCCAUCCAAUUUAUCGGUUCCUAAAAAGAAGCACAUCUGGUCAACAAUUUAUUUACAACUAUUCGUGUACAUUGUUUGGAAUGUAUGUUGAAGGAAGUGGUACUAACAAGUACGAGGCAAAAGUAAAUGCAGCUUCUGAAAUGUUGCGUUCAAUCAUAAGAAAACAGAAAAACCGAACCCUCUCCUCGCACAUAAGAUCUUUUAACGAUAAAGAAUUAAAAUCCAUCAAUCCAAUGAUUAAGUUUAAAGCAAACUAUGUGGAGUUACUGCAUAAUGAAUGCGAUAAACAUUCAUAUCGAUCACCAAUAUAUACACUUCUAUCACAGCCCAAAAAUAAUGAGAAACCUGGAAACCAUUAUUCAAUCCAAUGCAAUGCGAUGGACUUAGUGGCAAUAGGACACAGUAACAACAAAUCAACAGCCAAACAAAUGGCAGCACAAAAUAUUAUGAAAUUAUGGGAGAAAUUGAAUUCAAAAAGCAACCCCACUAAGUAG